AAGAGGAAGAGCCGUUAGUCUCUCCAAAAUGGCGACGACCAUAGAAAGUGGCAAUCCAGGAACUGCGAAUAGGAAAAAACACCUCGGAAUCCCCGAAGCAAUUUUUGUGGAAGAUGUGGAUGCCUUUAUGAAGCAGCCGGGCAAUGACACAGCAGACGCCGUGCUGAGGAAGCUGGAUGAACAAUAUCAGAAAUAUAAAUAUAUGGAGCUAAAUCUGGCUCAGAAGAAACUCAGGUUAAAAAGCCAGAUUCCACAAAUCAAACAGACAUUAGAAAUCCUACGACACAUGCAGAAAAAGAAGGGCACUAAGGAUCCCAUGGAGACACACUUUCUGUUGGCCGAUAAUGUCUAUUGCAAGGCCUCUGUCCCCCCCACAGAUAAAGUGUGUUUGUGGCUUGGGGCUAAUGUCAUGUUAGAGUAUGAUAUCGAUGAGGCCCAGGCACUGUUGGAGAAAAACCUGGCCACAGCUUCCCGGAAUCUGGACUCUCUGGAAGAGGACCUGGACUUCCUUAGAGACCAGUUCACAACCACUGAAGUCAAUAUGGCACGCGUUUACAACUGGGAUGUCAAGAGAAGGAGCAAAGACAACAUCCUCAAAUCAGUUGAGCAGUCUUAAAAGACAGGGCUCAGUUUUGUCCCACCCAAAUUCCUUCCCCAUCAGAAAAUUCACCUUCAUGUAUCUGUUUGCACCAACACAACUGUUAUCUGUUCAUUUAUUACUUUUUUAAAUUUUCAAGUAAAAGGUGAAAAAGAAACAUCAAACUAAUGUAAUAAUGGCAGUUUUCUUGUUUUCUUUUUUUAUGACUAAUUAUUAAAUUUGUUUCAGAAUGGGUUCUCUCCACAUGUCUUACUCUGUGCCCCUUUUGCUCUCAUUUGUUUGGCAAACAUCUGAGAUUACGUUUCUCUAGGUUAAACUGUCUCCUAUGGCCCUCAUGUUGAAUUCUGUGAAAUUCAACGUAACCAUAUUUUGGUGAGAGGGCCAUUGCGAAAGUCCAGUGUGAAAAUAUUAGGGGGGCAUUUUGUUGCAUUAAUCAGCCUCUCUUUCCUUCUCCACCACAACCCUUUGCUUCAUGCUCCCUCAUCUGAUGACUGUUUUUUUUUUUUCCCACUUCUUUUUUAUCUGUACUUAUUUGUCACAUUGUAUCCAUUAAACACUGAAUAAGGAACAAAUAAUGAAGUGACUUGGGAAAGGCAC